UAAUUAACGUUAUAGAGUUAUUUUCUGUAAGCGGCAGUGCCGCCAUGUUUUUCGGGUGUGAUCCGCCGUCGCCAUUUUCGCCCCUCGAAAAUUUGUAACAUUUUGAAGAGAUCGUCGUCAUUUAUGGGCGGAUUUUACCGGGAAAAUCCGACAAACGCCAGUCAUCGACGUGUUUGAUCGCUACAAGGGGCUUCUUUCUGACGUUCCUGGGAGAUUUUGUUCCGACCAAGGUUGACCAAUGGUAGUGGAGGAGGAUAGCCAGCAUGUUCCACCGCCACGAAGCGCACCGUCCACUGGGAUGUCAUCGCGGGAACUGUGUGAGAACGACGACCUGGCGACCUCCAUAGUCCUGGACCCGUACCUGGGCUUCAUGACUCACAAAAUGAACACAAGGUUUCGCCCAGUGCGCCCAGGUAAGAGUGAGGACCACAAGCAGAUCUUGGAAAAGUUGCGUAAGUCUGGGAACACAGAGAAGGCCUUCACAGAUCUGACCCAGGGGGAGUGGAUCUGGAAAUAUCUCCAGCACAAGACUCAGCACCAGAAGAAGAUAUUCAAGUCACACGUUGUCCGAUACCUGCACAUGUUCCACCCUGAUGCUGGGUUUGAGGUAGUCCCCUGUGACAGGUACUCCCUGGAGAAGCAUGGAGCCAAGAUUCUUGCUACCAAGGCCUGGACAAAGAACGAGAAGAUCCCCAUGCUUGUGGGCUGUAUCGCAGAGAUAACAGCAGAGGAGGAGAACCAGCUUCUCCAGCCGGGGGUGAACGACUUCAGCGUCAUGUUCUCCACACGCAAGAACUGUGCUCAGCUGUGGCUGGGACCUGCUGCCUUCAUCAACCAUGAUUGCAGAUCAAAUUGCAAGUUUGUGUCCACCGGCCGUGACACUGCAUGUGUGAAGGUCCUGAGAGACAUUGAGGCUGGAGAGGAGAUCACGUGUUACUACGGAGAGGGCUUCUUUGGUGAUGACAACUCCUACUGUGAAUGUGAGACCUGUGAAAGGAGAGGGACAGGAGCCUUUGCUUCCAGAGAGGGCAACAAGGAGAAAGUCCACAACACUAAGUAUGGCCUACGGGAAACUGACAAAAGAAUACAGCGGCUCCGUAAAGGUAGCAGUGCUACACCUACCUGCAACAUGAGCGACAAAGCUUCCACAAGGAACAGUAGGUUGAGCUCUUCUAGAAGAACCCUGGGAGGAAGUGUCGAUGUGAACACAAGUGGACCGUACAAGAUAACCAAGUAUGACCGUGAACUUCUAGAAGCACAAGGGAUCAAGAUUCCUGAAGCUAAGGUAGUUUUGACUAGAAGUGUCCUCCCGGAAAAAAUGAACGGUUCAAUAAACCUGACUUCUCUCAACAUGAGGGAAGGGGGAAGGAGGUCAACCCGAAGAAGGCUGUCCACUGUAGGCAAUUCCUCAGUGCCUGACAAGCUGGAUGCUGCUAGUGAGAAAGAUGGUGUCCUCAGUAGAGUUAUGUCUAUGCCUGUGGCAUCUAGGAAGAGACAGGUUGGGCGGAAACGCUCUGUGUCACCUCCUAAAUUAAGAACUCACAAAGACGAAAACAUGGAAGUAAUAACAGACAGGGGACAGCUAGCUUCAGAGAGUUCUUUGUUACCUCAGAAGGAGACAGAUUUAGCCACAAAGAUGUCACAAGAAGAUGUCAAAGGCUCAAGUUCUGACUGUGAAGACUUUGUCCCAGACGACCAUGGCUGUGCUACAGACAUGUCUGCAGCUGCCAUGGAGAAGAUGAGGAAAAGAGCUGCUAAGGAGAGGAGGAGGAGAAGACGAGAGGCCAGAAGGAAUGGCACAGACAUGAAUGGGAGGAAAUUUUCACCUAACAGAACCAAGUAUGAUUCUCAGUUAAUUACAGAGAAUGGAAAGUUACCCAAAGUGACGAUCAGGCUACGAAAUAGAAACUACCCAGAAAUCAUUGGGAGGACGGAAACUACUUGUGGAACAGAGAGUGAAGUGCUUGAUCGAAGAACUGCUGACGACUCCAGUCAACACGUAAGGAAAGAUUGGAUGCCAGUCAACCAUGCUGCAGGUCGAAGCACAAGCAACACAAAGACAAGUGCAAAUACCUCUGUUACUAGUCGUCCUAAACUGAAAAUCAAACUCUGCAGGCCAAACGGUGAGUUCCAAGUGGAACAGAAUGGCGGGAAUGCCCCGGACAUCACCGAGUUUGGACUGGCACCUGCACAGUUCUACGGUAGAGACAGAGGCAGUAAUGGCCAAGGGGUAGAGCUCAAUGAUAGUUCGGGGGUCACUAGGUUAGAUUAUACUCACAUUUCAGAAGUAUCCAGGGACCAAGGAGUAGGGUUCAAAGACAGUUCAGGGGUUGCCAGGGGCCGAGGGGCAAGGUUCAGAGACAGUUCAGAGGUCACAGGUCAAGGCACAGGAUUAAACAGGAGGAGAAAGUGUAGCGGUGGAGGUGAGUGUUGCUCUGAGGAGUGUGUUGCCAGCAGGGCAAAGAAAUUGCGACUGAUUGUUGGCAAUGACUCCAUUGAUAUCGAUUUGGCAUCCCGAAACAGAGAAAUGAAUGCCAAGAGUUGCACUUAACUUGCAACUUAAUAAAUUGGCAAGUGGUUUGUGCAAAUGACUCGUACAGUCACCGCUCAAUCAGUCAAUGUAUAGUUUGUAUAUAUAUGUCAAAAUGUGUAUCUGUGCAUGUUUUUUGCCUGUUGAAAGUGCAACAGUAUUUCUGCAAUAUUUUAAGCAAAGUUUGAACACAGAUGUGAAAGUUGGAAUGAAAUAUGUUUGUAAAGUCGGAACGUACAGUGUUUACAGAGCUGUCUCAAAACACCAAUUCAAACACCUGAACAUGAACCUUGUUUUUCUGUAAUAUGGUAGACAUGUGUACCAUUCUCCUAUCUAAAACAUGCUGUCAUGUUGCAAGACCAUAUACCUAGUUAAAAGCAAGUUUUCCUGAAAAACAUAUUAGUAUGGCUGUUAAACAGUUGUGCAAAUUUCUUCAUAUUCUAAGCCUCACAAACUCAGCAUUCUGUACUGGAUGUUAUUUUCAGCUGUAGUUAAGCUGUAUUUUAGGUGUAUUUUAGACAAUGUAAAUAUACAGUGUAUAAAUAUGUGUAGGAGAAGAAGUGGUUAUGUUGUACUGUAGGAGAUGUAACUGUCAGGUGUUGAUGUUUUCCACAGAUGCAGUGGUAUGAAAUUGUAGUAUUGAUGAAGAAAUAGCUCGCAAAGUUCAGGAAUUCUGAUUAUUUUCCUUACAAAAGGAAGAUAGGUAUAAUAAUGAACUGGUGUGAUGUUUUUAGGCAAAGGUACCGGUACAUUUUUUUCCGCAGCAGAUCAUGUGAUUUUUAGGUUUUCCUGCUACACCCAACUUCAAUCAGCAAGAAAUGAAUUUUUGUCUAAUAUCCUUACAAUGAAUUCAAUUUGCCUGCUGAAAUUCGAAAAAGUAAUCUGUGAUACAGGCUGAAAACUAAGUAACAGUAACAUUUGGUAUCUGUUUUUUAGUUGAGCUCCAUGCUACAAAAUGGUGCUUAGUUGUUCAUUGCAUUAAUUGUUCAUGGUUUGGUCAAUAGAUUUGUACAUAGUAUUUUAAUGUCAUUAUUUGAAUCAGGGGUACUAAUGUACUGUGGUACAUUAUUGUGUGAUAGCAGCAAACACUGCCUGUCCAUUUUGACUGUUUUAAAUCUUUUCUUGUCAGGUGAGCUCAUGAAAUGUGUGGCCAUUUUGAUUGCUGCAAUCUUCCCGAAAUUGUGUUAAAAUGUCAAAUUUUUGUCAUAUAUUGUAAAAAUGUAAAUAAAAAA